AUGUCUAAUGGACGCAAGCUGUCAGGGUCUGGCAGUAACCAGUCCAAAGCAAAAAUAUUUCCCCCUGAGAGAGGUUCAUCAGAUUCCAGCUCUGCCCUCACUGUGGGAAAUGUGAAAAGGCUGGAAAAGGAGUCCACAACUUCUAAAGAUGCCUUCAAUAAGCAGAGAAUACAAGAUUAUAUUAAACAGGCUAAUCUUGCUCUCGUCAACAAAGAGCUGACUAAGAAAACCAGCACAGAGAUUGUCUGGGAUACAGACCCUGAAAGAUCCUCCUCAAAGCAGAGUGAAAAUAGAAAAAGCUUUUUUUGGAAAAUCUCUAAAGAAAUUUCAAGGAAAGACAACUUACUAACAGCACCAGCGACAGAAUCCCUAUCAGCUCAGCCCAGGGAAUCCAAUAUCCCACCCAGUGUCACCUCUGCAGACAGUUGUCCUCCCUCCAGCUGCAGCAGAAGGCAUGACAAGGAGAAUGAGAUGACCCAGAUAGAGUGGAGCUAUUCAAAUGAUUCCCAGGCUGCCAGGGAGGAUGCUGUUUCGGUAAUAGGGGAGAAGAAGAACUCAGAGACCAUGGGUGGCAGGAGUAGCCUUAAGCCCACAGAACACCAAACUGUGGAGCUGCUCUCCAGGGACACUGAGGUGUAUCACAAGGCUGGAGAAAGCAAGGGACCAGCCAAGUCCGAGGAAGAGGCAGGUCCCGAAGUCUGCUAUAACUGCGACAAAAACAUGACACUUGAGACCAGGAGGUUGUUGGCUCUGAAUUCAUCCAGCUUCAUCUUUGUCCCCAGGGCCACCCUGGGUCCCUGCACUAGGAUCUCUUUAGACCAGGCAGGGACCAACCAGAAGCACUGGAAGUAGCAUGGCAUAAGCUACCACACUCACAACCCUCUUUUCAAGUUCAUCACAAUGAAACCGAACAGCCAUGUCACCAUUAAAGUCCUGGCUUAGGAUCAAAAAGGCUUAAUUUUCAUCAGCUGCAGCCAUCAUAUCCAUUUCAAUGUGUGGUCCCAGUUGAAGUUGAAAGACCCAGAGACAAGUCACCUACUUAAGAGGACAAAAAGUGAAGAGUGCUUCCUUCAGUCUGAAAAGAUUCAGCUCAGGAACCUGCUGUCCAAACCAGAGGGAAGCUCCACGCUGACAUUAGAGGGAACAAACCAGAAGCCUCUGGAUGAUGUCUCUACCAUGCCGAGGGCCAGAAGAACAGUAUAUGGUAAUGAGAAAUUACGAGAAGGAGUCUGUGAGUAA